GGGAGAGUAGGACACAGGAAGACAGGGAGACAAGGGGACAGGGACAUGGGCAAUUAGGAACAUAGGGACACAGGGAGAUGGGGAGACAGGGAUGUGGGGGCAUGAGGACAAGUGGAUAUUGGGAGCACUGGGGCAUGGGGACUCUGGGAGCGCUGGGGCCAAGUCCUGGUUUGCAGGGACACAGAGGACAGUGGUCCUGGAACAUGGUGACAGUUGGAGUGCCAGAGCAGGGGUUCUGGGGCACAGGGACUAGGGUACAGGGGCAUGUGGGGCACUGGGACCUCGGACACGAGGCACAGGGACACGUGGGGUUCCAUGUCACAUGGAGGGAGGACAGUGACUCUUGUCAGCCUGGCAGGACUCUGCCGUGGGGACACAGCGUGGUGCUGAGCACCUGGAACCAUGCAGGUUCCCUCAGCAGCACUAGCCCUGUCUGUCCCCCAGCCACUAGGUCCCUGUUCCCGUCCCAUCCCCUCCAGCUCUCGCGUCUUUUUCUGUCCUGCUUUUUCCCUCUGUGGUUCCUGCAGAGCUCGUGCUUUCCUUGCUGUCCCUUUUGUCCCCCACCUGACACUUUUGGGGUCAAUUGCACAGGUCCUGGGUGCCCUGGUGUGUUCACUGGGCUGGGAUCAUGUCACCAGGUCCGUAUUCUCCUCUGCUGCAUGCGGGAGCUGGGAAGAUGGUCCAGGGGCCACCCAGCACUCACCUGGGUGUCAGGAAGGGGACAACAAAGUGGAACAAUGCCUUCAUCUACAAGCCGUCUCAUUGCGUGCCAAUGGCUGGAAAUAACCCCGGUCUCAGUGACGUCCCUGGCACGGAUGGUUGUGGUGGAAACCGGUGGUCAUCUCAUGCUCCCCGCCUCCUGUCUGGCAGCUCAGACCACGAGGAUGUGCGCAGCCCCCAGUUGCGACGAAGAGGAGGAAGAGGAAGGGUGCCUGUGGGGAGGCAGAUAGUGCCUGCCCUGCUGCAGUGACGUACAGUGGCAUUUGUGCAGAUCCAGCUUGUGCAGAGGUCACUCAGCAGAGAUGUCCCAGCUGGUGUCUUCCUUUGGCUCCACUGCUCCCUGUGUCACCAUCCUGCUUGGCUGCGCCUGGCUCGGCUCUGCCACACAGUUAUCCCCAAUGCGCAGCAAAGGGCGAGUCUUGCUCCCCCUCACUCCCCAAGAAGAAGCCACGUGCCCUAGUGCCUCUGUGGAAGCUUUUCUCAACAGCACCCUCACCACCCGCCUCCUGCCCGCCCUCUACUCUGUGGUCCUGCUUGUGGGGCUGCCAGCCAAUGCUCUGGCCUGCUGGGUCCUGGUGAACAACUUCAGGAGAUGUUCCAGCACCCUCUUCCUGCUCAACCUGGCCAGCGCUGACCUGCUCUUUGUCCUCCUGCUGCCCUUCAAGAUCUCUUACCACCUCUUGGGCAACCACUGGCUCUUUGGGGAGUAUCUGUGUCGCACCAUGGUGGCCUUCUUCUACGGGAACAUGUACAGCUCCAUCCUAUUCCUCACCUGCAUCGGGCUGGAGCGCUAUAUCUCUGUGGUGCACCCAUUCCUGUGGAAGGGCUCCAGCUGGAUGUGGUGCAAGGUGGGUGUUUGUGUGGGCAUCUGGCUGGUGGUGGGGCUGUUCAUGAGCCCUCUGCUUUUCCACCCCCAGACAAGUUAUGUCUCAAGCCUGAACAUCACAACAUGCCAUGAUGUCCUCGUAAGCAGAAAGGAUGACCUAGGAAGGGGGAAGGAUGAACACAUGUUCUUUGCUUACUAUUUCCUCACCCUGGUGGGGCUGGGCUUUGGCUUGCCCUUUGUGCUCAUGACCAUCUCCUACAGCUGCAUCCUGGUGCGGCUCCUGGCUAAGGGGAGACGCUAUGGGCAGGUGGUGCGGGUCAUGGCCCUGGUCCUCCUGGUCUUCAUCCUCUGCUUCACCCCCAGCAACGUGCUGCUCUUCAUCCACUACCUGAUGGAGGCCACAGGGUGCAACAACCUCACCUACAUCUGGUACACCUUGGCCCUGGCUCUCGGUGCCUUUAACAACCUCUUCGAUCCCUUUGUCUACUUCUACAUCUCCCAGGAUUUUCGGGGCUGGAUACGGGCUGCAGGCAGCUGCUGCUCGGGUCGGCUCAAGACCUCAUCGAGGAGGAGCUUGGAGAAGGCAGCCUUGCCGCUGAGGUCUAGCGAGCAGAGCCAGCUAUAGGCAGGACUGGGGGGCAUUGGGCUGUGUCCUCCCACCCUGGGAAGGUGGCAUCCUGCAGCUUGGUGCCCAGGAUGAAGGGUUGCACCAUCCCAGGCUGGCAGCAGACUUGAUCAGAAAAAUCCCAUCCUGAGGUUCAUUAGGACUUUGCUGCAGAGCUGCCAGCAUCACCCACAUCGCAUGGGUCCCUUGGCUGGUUGCCUGGCCCUGGCACCCCCAUCUCCUCUUGAGACGCUCCCCACUGCUCCUC